GACGACAUGACCUGAGCUGAAGUCAGAGGCUUAACUGACUGAGCCACCCAGGAGCCCCACACUUAAUACUCUUGAAGAGGCUUGUGAUUGCUCUCUUUUGUAGGCUGGGUGUAGCUAUGGGUGAUAUUACUUUUGAGGUGAUAUCCCUAGUUUAAACGGAGGUAAUAAGGUCCCAGAUUAUUAGAGGCCAGAUGGCACCACUUUGACAUCAAAGACAAGGUGGGCACGUUUACUGUAAGAGGUAACAUGUACGAAUGAUCAGAAUGCCUUGGCCUUCAGGCAUCUUUUACUAUGGCUAGUUGACUGUAAUAUCCCUAGGAAUGAAAUAACCUACUAGAGUAUUGCUUGUGUUAUAUAACAGAAAAAACUCUAGAUUUGGCACCCAAAAUCCUAACUUGAUUUGCUAUAGGAGAAUCACAGCGUCUUACCCAAUACUAGACACAAAUCAAUUCACAAACAGAGCCCCUUGACUCAAGGGGAGUCUAGGUAACCUUACGUGGAAUCUUGAAGCAUUCACAUGAGUAUAUACCAUAAGUCUUCCUCCAAACUUUCCCGUGUGGAGCCUGCAGCCAUUAUUAGAAUGGGAAUUAUGAAAAAGGAAAUACCCAGAUCUUUGGAGAAUUAUUAGACACUGGCUUCAGAUUGACACUAAUUCAUAGGAGCUCAAAAUGCCACUGUGCACCAUCAGUAAAAAUGGAGCUGUACUGGUAAUCCUGAGUACUAUAUACUUGAUGCAGUGAUUUUCUAGGACAACUCACCAGACUCAGUAUAUAGUCAUACACCUAUAGCUGAGAUUUAUUACAGGAAAAUGACACAAAACAAAAUCAGCAAAGUGACUUGCAUGGGACAAAGUCUAAAGGAAAAUAGUAAUGAACCUCCAAGUGUCCUAUCCCAGUGGAGUCACACAGGAUAUAAUUAAUUUCUCCAGCUAUGAGUUAUGACACGUAUGAAAUGUUUACCAGGGGAGAUCGUUAGAGACUUAGUGCCCAUCUAUCACCUAACUACUCUAACUACUGUGCAGAGAAGAGUUAACAUAGCAGGCCUGUUAUCCUUUGAAAGGUCUGCUUAAAAUGUUGUCCCUUGGGACAGCUGCAUGCAGAAGAAUGAGACAGGAUCAUUUUCUUACGCUACAUACAAAAAUAAACUCAAAAUGGAUUAAGGAUCUAAAUGGGAGACAUGAAACCAUAAAAACCCUAGAAGAAAGAGUCCAUGACAAAGUAGCAAGAGUUGCAGAGAUGGAAGCUAUACACAGGCUCAGUAGCAUGGCUUUACUCUUCGAUGCAUCUUCAAUGCCUGAUAUGCCAACAGCAAAGACCAACAUUUAAUUCCCGCUAUGCUACCAUUCCCUGGGGGAUCAGUCUGCUGUAAGAUUGACCGUAUCAGAACUCUCUUAUUAUGGAAGGUGCAGAGAUUGAUCCUUAGUGGAAUAAACUGAUACUCUACGUACGUAUUUGCCUUCUCUGUUCAUGAUGCUUCUGACAACACCACUGUCCAUGGCCUCACAGCAUAUCUUCUCUUCCUUUGUGGUAUUUCACAUAGGAUUGCUCCUGAUCAGUGUACUUGUUUCACUACCAAGGAAGUAAAGCAAUGGGGUCAUCCUUAUUGAAUUCACUGAUCUUAGCACAUAUCACAUCUCCAAGAAGAGGCUGGCCUAAUUGAAUAAAUAAUGUCUUAUUGAAGGUUCAGUUACAGUGUUAGAUACCCUAAAAGAAUGGAGUUCUGUCUUAAAGCAUAUAGUAUAUGCUUUGAAUUAGAGACCAUUAUAUGGUGCUGUCUCCCCCAUAUCCAGAAGACAUAGUUUAGGAAUCAAAUUGUGAAAGUGGGAAUAACUCCUCUCACUUGCACCUAGUAACUCACUUAGUCCAUUAGUGCCAUCUCAGCUACUUUGAACCCUGUGUUUUGAGGUCUUUGAUCCUAAGAGGGCAAUGCUUCCACUAUGGGACCUCACAAAGGUUCUGUUGAAUUAGAAGAUGAGACCACCACCUGGCCACUUUGGCCUUAUGCCACUAACCCAGGAAGAAGAAGGGGUUAUUCUGCUGGCUAGAGUGAUUGACCGAUUCUGAUUACCAAGGAGAAAUUGGGUUGUUGUACAAUGGCAUGAAGAAAGACUGUAUGUAGAAAACCACACAACAUACAAACAAACAAAAAUAGAACUAUUACAGAAUCAGACCCUUCACUGAUGAAGACUUGCAUCAUUCCAUGAGGUGAAUAACUCUGACCAGUUGAUGUUUUAGCAGAGGGCAAGUGAAAUUCAGCUCAGUCCAUGGUCUCAUGGUUCAUAGAAUCGAGCCCUGUGUUAGACUUUAUGCUGACAGUGUGGAGCCUGCUCGGGAUUCUCUCUCUCCUCUCUUUCUCUGCCCCUUCCCCACUUGUGCUCUCCCUCUCUCUCAAAAUAAAUAAACUUUAAAAAAUAUUUUCAAAGUUAAAAAGAUAUAGGACACAAAGAAGAAAGCCAUAGAUAUCAUAUCAACUAUGACCUUAUGUCCAGUUACAGUUGUGAGGACUGUUAUGAUUAUUUGUAUAUGCUAUCCUUCUGUCUUCUUCUUCCAAGGAUAAUUAUAUAUGUGAGCGAUGGAGGUUAAUCUUGCAAUUUAGUCUUUAGCAUAAUAUUCAGUGUGAUUGUGACUAAAAUUGGGGAGCAAUUAAUAUAGUCAGUAAUAGAUACAGUGAAUAUUGAGACUGUGUCCUUUUUGUUAGGUGGAAAAUUAUAUGGAAACUGAAGUAUGAAUAGAAGGAUGUAUUUGGACAAAGGAUGGACAAAAUUAUUGAUUGAUCUCAGUUCCAAAUCCAAAUAUACAUAUAAUUGUCCUGCUCUGUGAUACUGGAGCAGAACCCUGUCAAAAUUUCUCCUUUACUAGAUGGUCUAAUGUUAAUCUUUUUAGUAGAAGGUGCUGAGGGACUAAUGUGUUUUUCUCUCUUCUUGUUCCUGUGGUAUGUGGCAGCCAAAAGAGUGUGAAAUACCUACUGGUGCUUAGCCCCAGCAAGUUUCAGUGCCACCCAAUGCAAGCAGCAAAUUCCACUGACAUCCCAGCUGGUUUCCAGGUGAACCUCCCAGGUGCCAUAGCAAGUAAUUUCCUAGCCAUUUCCACGGACACACUGGCUGGUGGCUUCCCAGUGAGUUUCAUCAGUGUCUCAACCAAGGGCAGUAGAACUUAAAGGACUUGGCUGAGCAAAACGUGAAGAGAAGUCUGUGCAGCCCUCCAUGCAGAAACCACCAGCACCUUUAACAGUGCUGCAGACAGCGGCCUCUCCCUGGACAGCUUCUGACUGUAUUUUCACACCAAUGCAACACCAGCUAUUUCUCCUCUUUGAGACUUGGUAGCACAAAGGUCACAUGGAUGUGUCUCCCCACCCUGCACUCUCUUACUCCUGGAUUGGAUUGUCUUUCCUUUGGGGCACAGAACUGGCUUGCAGACGCUGAGCCCAUUUGAGCCUCUUGCUUUGGGAAAGUCAUCUGAAGUGGGAAUGAAAAGACCAUCUUCAUUUUUACUGAGAAAGAAGACCAGUGGCCAAGGUGUGGAAGGACAAGGCAACACACCCCAGAGCCAAGACAAACAUGUCUUUCUCUAUAUGAAGAUUCAAAUCAUGGCACACAAGAUUCAUGGAAAGCACUUUCACAACUGAGGGACAGGAGAAGGGAAACUUUUUAUUCACAGGUUUCUGGCAUGUGGAGUGUAGCAUGUACCCUCAAGAGAGAAUUGCAAGGAAACAAAGGGAUGACUAAAUUCAAGAUGAAUCUACUCCUGGUGAAGAUACUGUGAAGAUGGUUGAAAUGACAACAAAGGACUUAGAAUAUCACAUAAAAUUAGUUGAUAAAGCAACAGCCGCAGUUUGAGAAGUUGGACUCCAGUUUUGAAAGAAGUUCUACUCUGGAUGAAAUACUAUCAAAUAGCAUCGCCUGCUACAGAGAAAUCACUUGUGAGAGGAAGAAUCAAUCCCAGUGGCAAACUUUAUUGUUGUCUUAUUUUAAGAAAUUGCCUUCAGCAAACCACCCUGAUCAGUCAGCAGCCAUCAACAUGGGGACAAGACCCUCCAACACACUUAAAAGAUAACCACGAUGUGAAAUCUCAGAUAGAGAAUGUCACUUUCCACCAUGAAGGAUUCUUCUGGAGAUGUUGGUUUAAUGGGAUUGCAGAAGAGAAUGAUUCCAGUAUCUGGAAGUUCUGGUACACCAAUCAGCCACCGUCCAAGAACUGCAUGCACGCCUACCUGUCACCAUAUCCUUUCACGAGAGGGGAACACAAUUCAACCUCCUAUGAUUCUGCUGUUAUUUACCGUGGUUUCUGGGCAGUCCUGAUGCUUCUGGGGGUCGUCGCCGUGGUGACUGCAAGCUUUCUGAUCAUCUGUGCAGCCCCCUUCGGGAGCCAUGUUCUCUAUAAAGCCGGCGGAGGCGGGUACAUUGCUGCAGGCAUCCUGUUUUCCCUGGUGGUGAUGCUGUAUGUCAUCUGGGUCCAGGCAGUGGCUGACAUGGAAGGCUACAAAAACAUGAAAAUGAGAGACUGCUUGGAGUUCACCCCUUCUGUUCUCUAUGGCUGGUCAUUUUUUCUGGCCCCAGCGGGGAUAUUUUUUUCUUUGCUAGCAGGAUUACUAUUUCUAGUUAUUGGACGGCAUAUUCAGAUACAUCACUAAUCAAACAGUUGCUUCCCAUGUUUUCUUGAGCAUAUUCAGAUACAUCACUAAUCAACCUGUUGCCACCCAUGUUUUCUUGAGAGGUUUUAGAAGAGAGAAUUUUUUUUUUCAUUUUGUUUUGGUGAUCCCAGCAUAGAAUUAGUUGGCGAGCUAUUUAGUUGCUAUUUGAAGUUCACUUUUAUAUUUUACUUGUGAUUUCCCCUAAUAGGAAGGUCCUAGAGUCUUUCCCAACAGCCACAUGUGUCCAUCUCACAUAGGUGCUAUCAAGAACCUAGUUCUGUAAGGAGCAGGUAACAUGGGCCUCCCUUUCAUUGCACCUGUUAAAGCUCACGCAGGUUACAAAGGCCUGUUAAUGGCAUAACACCACCACCUGGGCCAAUGAAGCUUUGAUUGAAAGCUUCCUUCUUGGCGUUCACUUCUGCUGCUAUUAAAAAAAAAAUCUUUGGAGAAUAAUUAAGAACAGAAUACGAAUGUUGUCAGAGAACUUACUCCAUUUCUUCUCCACACACAUGCGUAUCCCCAUACACAUUCACUGACUCCUGUGAGCCAAUUAUUUAUGACUUAAAAAUAGAUAGCAUGUGCUAUCAGUUAAACACAUCGGCUGAAAUGGGCCACAACCAGACUGAGAACGUGUGCUUAUUCCACAUUCUCCCCAACAGUAGUUUGGUUACUUACUUAAUCACUUAGGUUACUUAAUUGUGCAUGCUUACAUAAACCUUAAACUAUGUUUAAAAGUGGCAAAUCUGCACUGCCAAAUUACAUAUGAUGCAGACUGGGUUUUCACGAGCUCAGUGGAUUAAUUAUAUGUAACAUGGCUGAAAAUAUGUAACAACCAAGCACCUUAGCUUAGUUCAGAGUUCUGUUUGAUAUUUUAAAAUUCCUAUUUAAAAUUAUAGGCUAAUAUGUUCAGCAUGUGAAAAUGUAUUGAUGAAAUGUGCUUUUAAUAUGCACUAGCUAUAAACUUUCAAAAUAUUUCCACAUGAAAUAAUAGCCUUGCUGUAUUAAAGACCAUGAAAUAGUAACUUUCCCCAAGAUUUUCUAGGUUGUAGUUCUUCUGAUAAUUUGAUUCCCUUAAUUAUUGUCUCUCAGUUCCUUCAUCUUUACAGUAGGUAUUUUAACAUUUACAGAUCUGCUAUUUCCUUUAACCUCCUGGAAGAAAACUUUGUGCUGGUUGGUGAAUAAUUCUUUCUUACUUGCUAGUGUAGACAUGUAGAUGUUUUGCAUAUCAAAGAUGUUUGUUUGGCACUAAUUUUCAUUGAAAUCAAAUCCAUCUGAGAAGCCCACGUUGCAUUUGCAUCUUGGAAACCUCCACCAAGGAGCAGUUUGGUGUUGGUGAGGGAACAGAGAACCUGUGUGGUAUGAGAGCUUUGUUCUGGACACAGCAUUUUGCUCUGCGGCCAUUGUGAAUACCUAAGGCAGGACUCAGAGACAAAUUAAGAGUGACCGCCGAGAAGAUGCUGUGGGAUAGAGGGGCUAUUGCUUUCCAUUCCUCGGUUCCCCUGAUGGAGAGAUUGCCUGUCUUCUUACACAUUGGUCCUUUCCGUUAACCUGUUUCAGUGGGAGGGAUUUCUGGAGGGAUCGCCACCGUCUGAGGUAUCUGCAGAAUCAUGAGGGCAUUUUAGUGUUUAGUGACAGAUAGGAUUCGCAUGCAAUAAAAACCAAACACAAGAAUACAAGACAAAAAAAAAAGCUUCAAGGGUUUAACUGGUUUCUCAAGCCAUCUGAGUUAUAUCAUAAAUGUUUUUUGUGAUCCUUGCCUUUGUCUUUUUCUGUUUUCAUUUUUAUAUUGCUCCGUUUACUUUGCUUUUGGCUUGAUUAUUAGAAAAAUAAUUAUGGGUUCUGUUAUGCAUAUUUGCUGUGAUAUUAAGUUAUGGCAUGCCAUUAAGUUUUCCAGACGAUGCUAGAUGUAUUUGAUUAGUUCAUGUCAUCUGUAAAUACAAUUCCUUUUUGUAGAACUUUGGAAUGGAGCCUUUUUUCUAGUGUAUUAUAUGUCAUUUAAAUUUCACAUACAAGCUGCUUUCAGUAAAGGUUUGAAUAUUUAUAAAUUUCA